AGAAAAAGAAAAAAGUCUAGCAUAUAGACAUACAAGAACAAAUAAAAAAAAAGAUAAUAAAGAAGUUUGGUUUAUUUUUUGAUAUUAUAAUGACGAGCCAACCAAUUGUUGAUAUCGAAGAAAACAAGUACAAGGAUUGCUUGGCCUGUAAAAUCACAGGUGCAACUGCAUUUUCUGCCCUAGGUGCCUAUGCACUCAAAGAAUCGUCCGUAAUGUACAAGAUUCCAAGCAAGUCUGGACAGGCAGUAGGACUUGGUGUCAUUGGUACACUCUUUAUUUCUGCCGGUCUGUAUAGACUGAUACUCUAAGUUCAUUCAUCACAUUACAAAGUUAUUGUGAAUUUUUUUGUUAAAAAAUAAAAAUAAAAAUAAAGAAAUCUAUUGCUUAUACAUAU